AUGGGGAUAUACAUAUCAGAGAGAAAUUUGCAAAUACGCUACCAGCAAGAGCUACUCUACCAGCACACUGAUGGAUCUUUCAGCGCAUUCGGUAAUUCGGAUGCCUCAGGAUCCACUUGGCUCACAGCAUUCGUGCUGAAGUCCUUCAGUAAAGCCGAAAGUUACAUUACUGUGGAUGAAGAUCUCCUCCUUUCAUCCAAAACUUGGCUACUGUCGAUUCUAAAUGAGGACGGCUGCUUCCAAUCCGUCGGCUUUGUGAUUCGCUCCGACAUACAGGACGGCGUCGAUGGUUCAGAAGCGUCGCUCGCGCCUCUCACAGCCUACGUCCUCAUAUCUCUUCUGGAAGGGAAUCUAACAGUGGAUCCGCAGGUUAUAGCAAAUGCCGUCACUUGCAUCACCACAGCCACCACGAGCAACAGCACCUAUAUCAAGGCCCUGACGGCAUACGCUCUCUCCUUGGCAGGCGACAGCAGCGCUGCUGUUACGCUCAUUUCAGAUGUGUACAACAGUUUGACAUCAGGAAGUCCAGGUUUGUCUCAAGCGCUGACAGUUGAAGCAGCCGCCUACCUCCUUCUGGCCAUGCUCAGUGCAAAUCCAGGAUCCUACACUACCUGGGAGUCCGAUAUUGCCAAGCUUAUAUCAACUUACCACAAUGGACAGGGAGGCUUCGUCUCGACGCAGGACACAGUGGUUGCUCUGCAGUCCUUGGCAGCCUUCAGCGAAGCCUUCCCGCCCACGGGAACAGACCUCACCAUAUCAGUCACUACUGGAAGUCAGUCGUUUGACAUUGAGAUAAAUUCAGAGAACAGUCUUCUCCUGCAGACCAGCUACGUCACGGACGAUCCACCUUUUGAAGUUACUGUGACACCAUCUGGGAGUGGAUGCGCUCUCGUCACGAUUACCCACCAGUACAACGUCAAAGAAGAGCCAGAGAGUUCUGCUUUUGCAGUGUCUGUCAAGACAGUCCUAGAAAACUGCUCUUCCAACAGUUUCCUGCAAAUUUGUGCUUCUUACACCAAUGAGGACUCCGUAUCCAACAUGGCUGUUAUGGAGGUCGACCUCCAAACAGGAUACUCGGCAGAUGAGGAAGACUUGAGAGGUCUCGUCGCUCAACAAGUCAUCAAGCGUUACGAGGUAAUUGUUUUGGUAACCAUAGUUCCUCACUGGACGAGUCGGUUGCUUACUGGCCCACCGAUCUAG